GCACUUACAACCGCUGCCUCAUUCUGCUACUUCCCGGUCACAGUUUACCUCAUGGGCAAGCAGUGGUGCCAGUUCCUUGCCCCGAUUGUGCUCCUGUUACUGGGAAUACUGGGAAUUCUUCUGCUUGUUAUUCCCAUGGAAAAUAUGAAAGAGCCUCCGGACUAUAUGUAUGGGAUCGUCCUGGAUGCCGGUUCCUCGCACACUGCCGUGUACAUCUACAAGUGGCCCGCAGACAAGCAGAACGGCACGGGAAUAGUGACCCAGCACGGGGAGUGCCAUGUUGAGGGAAGAGGGAUCUCUAGCUAUGCGGGGAAACCAGGAGGUGCAGGGGGCAGUUUGGAGGUGUGUCUGAACCAGGCAAUGCGGGAUAUUCCACAAUCCCGACACCGGCUCUCCCCUGUCUACCUGGGAGCUACAGCGGGCAUGAGGCUACUGAACAUGUCCAGUCCAACGGAGUCUGAGAAAAUCCUGCUUGAAGUGAGGAACAAAAUCAAGUCAUACCCUUUCAACUUCCGGGGAGCGUCCAUUUUGACUGGCCAGGAAGAGGGGGCAUAUGGUUGGGUCACAGUCAACUAUUUGCUAGAGAACUUCGCAAAGUAUGGCUUUGUGGGCCGCUGGCUGAACCCAGGGAAAGGUACAGUGGGCGCCUUGGAUUUAGGAGGGGCGUCCACCCAGAUCACGUUUGCAACCCAGGACACAGUGGAGGACAAGAGGAACAACAUGAAACUCCGCCUCUAUGGACAGGACUAUUCUCUGUACACUCACAGCUUCCUGUGUUAUGGCCAGGACCAGGUGCUACUCAAGGUCAUCGCCCUUCUCUUCAAGUCUCAGGGUUACGGCAACUUCAUUUACCACCCCUGCUAUCCAGCAGACUACAAUGCCUCUGUGAAUUUGGGGGAUGUCUUUGACUCCCCAUGUACGGUGAAGGACAGACCCCAAGCCUACAACCCCAAUAGAAGAGUGACGGUGCAAGGCCUAGGUGAAUACCAAUACUGCCUUGGCAAUGUAUCCAAGAUCUUCUCCUUCAGUGAAUGCAGAUUCUCCAAGUGCUCCUUUGAUGGCGUCUUUCAGCCCGGUGUCACAGGCAGCUACAUGGCGUUCGCUGGCUUCUACUACACCUACUCUUUCCUGCAGCAGGCCACGGGAAUCACAGCCAGUACUCCUACUUUUCUGAAAGAGGCGGCGCAGAUUGUCUGCAAUAUGACCUUCAAUGAUAUGCUGGCCAAGGCCCCAGACCUGAAGACACGGCUGCACAAUUACUGCACAGCCUCUGCGUAUAUGCAGGUGCUAAUGCUGCGCGGCUAUGGUUUCGACGAGCGCUCCUUCCCGCGCGUGUCCUUCCAGAAAAAGGUGGGGGACGCCUCCAUCGGCUGGGCCCUGGGCUACAUGCUGAGUCUGAGCAGCUUUCUGCCAGAGGAAAGCCUGGGAAUCCGGAAGGCUCUGCGGCCAGAAGCCUGGGCUUGCCUGCUUCUUAUGUUUGCUCUGCUCCUCUUCCUGAUUUUGGGAUACCUGCUGAUGCAAGCCAGUCGGCAUAAGAAGGGAAGCGCAGACAUCAUCUAAUCACCAUCAUCUGCAGCAUACACUCUAGCCAGCUCUAGUAUUGGAACUGGUCUUCGGCAAUGGAAGAUGACGUAAAACGGGCGAGAACACAACUAUGGUCAAGUACACAUAUUAAGAAACACCCCAAGUCAGGGCUGUUUCAAAGCUUUCUGCCUAAAAAUGGAGGAAGGACACAAAUGAAAGGUGAGGAGGAUGUCUCCGUUGGACAGCAAUGAAAGAGUAUUAAUCUGGUGCCAUCAGGUGCGUUUUUGAAGACAUGAAGGAGUUCCUAGAAAUCAACUUUUUAUAUGUAGCACCUCAGCUAAUGUUUGCAGCAUUACUUGGCCCAAAUUCAAUAAGAAUAAGAAAAAUUUGUGCUAUGAUUAACAUACAGUACCAAUCAAAAGUCUAGGCACACCUGCUUUUAGUGCAUUUGUCUCUAGAUACGGCAUUCACCUAUAGUGAAAAGGUUUUACAGCAAUGAAGUAAUACAUAUGAAAUAUUGCAACACCCAAAAGAAAUGUUCAACAUCUCAAAAUUUUCUCAAACUUUAGACUCUGCAAUAGCCCCCUUUUGCUUCAAUGACGGCAUUGUUCUUUCAACCAGCUUCCACAUGUAGCCACCUGCUUUCCCAAUAGUCCUGAAGGAAUUUCCAUGGAUUGUGGGCACAAGUUGGCUCUUCCUCUUUGAUCCAACUCAUCCCAAACCAGCUCUAUAGGGUUUAGGUUGGGGGAUUGUGGGAGCCAGGUCUCCUGUCGCAGUAAUCCAUCUCUCUCCUUGUUCACAAAAUAAUACAGUACUUAGAUAACCUCAGAGUGUGCUUUGAGUCGUUAUCUUGUUGAAAAACAAAUGAUUUUCAGACGGUGUGUCCAAACUUUUGAUUAGUACUGUAAGUGUUUUAUCUGACUGUGAGAACAAAUCAGCUUUGACAAAUACUUAUUUUAAUAUUUCUUACCGGGAUUCCCAUGGUUUUUAUCCUCUCACAGCCCAACAACACACGGUUACACAAAUUGGUGUUUCUGAACAGCCUGUGUUUUUUGAUUUUCUUGACUUCCCAUCCAAGGCUCAACAUGACUCUGUACUGGGUAGCUUUCAUAUGACACAUGGCGCAAUUAAAAUAAAAGCCAACAGAGGCACUGAAUGCAGCCUUUAAAAUACCUUUUUUCGCUUAGCCUGCUAAAUUCAGCUCCACUAAAUAAGCAAAUAUUGGUAUUAAUGUGUGUCUUAAUUAAAAUACUUCUGUUUUUUCAAUGUGAUCAUUUCAUAUUUUAUUUUCAUAUUGUGUAGAAUAAAUAGUGAAAAGGCUGUCCAUGGUCAAAAGAAAAAAACACCUGAACUCAUAAUUCAAGCAUUAUUCAGCAUCAUCAGCUGAAAACUGUCCAUAUGGGGUCAGGACCUCACAACUGGUGUAGUAAAUGCACACAGUUUACACUUAACUCUGAAAACUGUAAAUCUUUUUUAUGUUUUUGUAUCUGAUAUGAAUUGGCAAAAUCACUAGUUGUUAGUAAAAGUCAUUUGGAAAUAUUUCUAGAUACUUCAUAACGUAUUUCAGGUUUAAUUUUCAGAAUCAUAUUCACUGCAUUAGUUACUUACAAGGGCAUUCAUAUAGUAUUACUAAUCUCACAUUAUAUUAUUAAAUUCACAUUUAACUCAGCAUUUUAUGUACUGUGACCUCUGGAAUCAGCAUAUUUACAUUCUGGGUGUAUAUUUUAUCCUGUCACGCUAAUAAAACGCAGUUGCAGAUCUAAAAAGUGAUGUUUAGCUCAUUUUUUUGUAUUUUGUGCUCUAGCUUUGUUUUAACUCGAUUACUAAAUUGUACUAAUUAUGCACAAGAAAGGCUAAUGAGGAAAAAUGCCAUACUUAUAUUGUCUAUUGUACACUCCUUUUAAAUAAUACUUUUUUUUAAAUAAAUGUAUUCAAAACAAA